CAACUUGUAAAGGGCACGCCACUUAAGGAACUUGACCAUCGCCGAGGAGUUGCCAUACCUGGAGAGAGAACACACCUCUCCGAGACCAAGCGAGCAAAUUUUAGAAGUAGAGACUAUCAAGGUCCCAAAACCGUCAAGCUAGAAACCGGAGUCGAGGAGUGCUUUGCAUGAGAGUGUAUUGGCGAAAGGUAAAAAGGGGAGAGAACCUGAUUCUCAGUGACGAAAACGACGGCCAUGAAGAGGAGCUUGGAGGGUUCCGAGACACCAAACGGGGCAUCGACGCGUUGGCGAAGACUUUUAGCUACGACCCGAGCCGCUCCCGGAAGGGGUUCCCAUCUAUCGAAGAAGCCAAGGAUUUCGUGGAGUCCUUCAGACCUUGGGAGCUAUUCGGUACCCAGGGCGUUACUGUCGACCCUGGGGUUAGGCCCGCCCUAGAUUCGGCCACAACAGACACAGCGGGCACGCCAGACCAGCCGGCGCAGUCGAUGGUGGCGGACCUGCGAUCAACGAGAGGAUGGUGGCAGUUCUGGAAGAAGAGUUAGACGCUCCAUGACCCUCCCGCCAGAGACCCGCGCCAGUAGAUGCCACUUGGCUUUGGUUUAGUUUCCCAUGCUCGCACGGGCAGAUAUUAAGCUGUUCCAAUCGCCAAAGGGACUUCCUUUCGAUGGGCGGACGCGGCAACUCUCCGGAACCGUUAACCCAAGAAUCAGAUGGUUUUUGCUAUCAAAGUUGGGGAAAGGGAGUGACGAAUAUAGCGGGAACGAAAGCCAGGGCCGUUUUAAUCCAGGUCGCAUUACAAAAAGGAGAAGUAGCCAUGUACGUCAUCAGAAGAAUCGCCAAAGCGCAGCCGGGGAAGGUAUGGCAGGUUGCCAACCUGCUGAUCAAAAUAUGCGCCGCCUACGAGGAGAAUGGCCGGCCCAAGGCACAAGUGUAUGUGUCCCAGGGCCUGCCGGGAACUCCCAACGUGGCCUAUGCUGAGUGGACCCAGGCGACCAUCGAGCCCAACUGGCCUUCCCAGGCCCCAUUCAGUAUCGCCGCGGAAAAUGUGCCAGACCCGGAGCUGCAACACCCCAACGAUGGCAUCGUGAAGAUCACUUCCUCUUGUAUCUGUGGCUCGGACUUGCACAUGUACGAGGGGCGGACGGCAACGCUGCCCAGCAACGCGUCC